AUGAAUCAACAUUCUAAUACAUACAAUUUAAGGUCACAUUUACUGAGUAAUGACAUUGGUGAUAUAGAUAUCACUAAAGAGACGCCCAUUAAUAAUAACUCGCAGAAUCGCAUAGCGUCUCCAAAUGUGUCUCCUGAGUUUCAACAGCAUCAACAAUUUCAGCAGCAACAAUUUCAGCAACAGCAACAGUUUUCACCUCGACGUAUGCAACAGCAUCAAUAUCACCAACAGCAGUUCUUUCCUCAACAGUAUCACCAACAGCAACAGCAACAGUUCUCUCCUCAGCGUACCUACUCCCCUCAGCGUCAGAUGCGUAAAUUACCAAGCAAAGAUGUGAACAAUUACAAUGAAUACGAGAAUAAACAAAAACAAAAGUCUCAUAGUAUUAAUCAAAACACAUUGACAAAAAUUUUUAAGGGCAAGAAAAGUUUUGGUAAGAGCAAAUCAAGUGGAGGAUUUGAUGAUGACAAUGACGAUGAUAUUGAAAUCAAUGCAACUUCAGACGCAGAGUUGAGUUUUACUGAUAUUGGCUCAACCGUUUUUAACAAUAAGUUCAACCACAGUACGGACUCGACACCAAUGAUUCCAACACUGAUAACAGGAAAACAUCAUGAAAAUAUGAGUAAUACAGAGUACAGAAAAUAUCAGACUGCGCAAAAGAAAACUGCCCUAAAUGCAAUAAACAGGCAGCAACAGCAGCAGCAACAGCAGCAACCAAGGACAAUGUCAUUACAAAAUGCAGGAAACAUGAAUAAUAAUCAAGUCUAUAAAGCACAAUCAAUGUUAAAUAGUAAUAUAAAUCAAAGGAGACUUCAAGCAGACUUCAAUGCAGGUAACAAAAACAUCACCCCAACUCAGCAGGGUCAACCUAAUUUAAACCCACGGGCUAUGUCUUUAACCAAUAAUCGUAAUCAAUUUCAGCAACAACAAUUCUUAAUGAAUGAGAGAAUGAGUCCUCAAAUGUUACCAAACCAACAACAAAACUUGAAUUCUAAUGACUUCAUGACAUCACAAAAUAAUUAUCGAGAAAAUAGCAAUGCCUCAUUCAUUUCUACUUCUACUUCUCAUCAAAAUCUUAAAGAUACACGAGGAAUCUCUGGAGGGUUGCAAGUUCUUCAUUUAUCGAAGAAACAACAGGAAGAUGAUCUAUUACAAAAACAAAGAGAUUUGGAAGAAAGAGAGAGGAAAUUAUUGGAACUAGAGUUAGAGGAAAAAGAAAAAAUGCUACUACAGAAAGAAAGAGAAUUAAAUGAAUUAAAAUUAUCAAAUGAAAAAUUGAAUUCAAAAAGUAACGAGGUAAGGUUAGAUAGUGUUAAUGAGAAAGUAAUAGAGAGUCCCGCGCUUGAAACAUAUAAAGAAAAUGUUAUAAAUAAUGAAACCUCGAUCACACAAGCUCAACCACCAGUAGAAGCACCAAAAUCUGAGUCCGUUAUGAAUGGUGAUGGUGCCUCUUCAAUGCAAAGCAGUUUAGAGUUUUCAAAUAGUAAGAAAUCACUAUUCAGUAAAAGCAAGAAUUCAUUAAGCAGAAUAUCUAGUUCGGAUCAAAAAAGGAGUUCCGUAUAUUGUAGCAAUAUUGAAGGAUUCACCGAAGGAAAAUUAGCAGAUGAGGUAACUCAGUCCAAGGAUUCGUAUGACACAAGUCAGGAGCAAAACUUUUAUGAUAAAAAGGAUAUAGUUAGUAAUGAAUUUGAUUUUGAUAAUACGAUAGCCAAAAAGUAUGAACCAGUUUUUACAACUUCUGAUAAUACAGUUUCGGUAAAUCCUUUUAAAACAAUUACUAUAACUAAUGAACAAUUGCAAAUAUUGAACGAAGGCAAAGAAAUGAUAAAGGAUUUAAAACUUUUAUCCGGAGAAUUAGCUGAGUCUAUUGAACGAGAAAACAAUUUAGAACAGAGAUUGGCAGAUAUUGAACUGAAUAAACCAACUCGAGAUAAAAAACCAUUAGCGAUUAGCGAUUUCCAAAUUGAAUUACGCAAAAAAUCAGAAAAAAUAGUUGAAUUAAUUCAAAUGCUAACUGAAGAAAGAAUGAAAAGACACAUUGCAGAAGAGCAGGUUUUAUUACGUGAAAAUGGUGUUCAGCCUAGUACUCUCGAAUUAGUAGCUGAAAUAGAGAGAUUGAAGAAUAAAAUUAGUACUCUUGAAAAUGCAGCUUAA